GGGUAGCGCGGUUUGAAGGUGGCACAACCCGUCAGAACACCGGCUGUGGUUUCUUCACAGCUUAAACAAACACGCCCACACACACACACACACACACAUAUAAUACACACACACACAUAUACACACACAUACCGCAGCAUAGCGCUACACUAACGAAGACCUACGUUUUAAUCCUGCAAACUAAGUUUUUUUUGUGGAAUUUACAGGUUUUUUUUAGUAUUUUUUAGUAACCUUGUUUGUUUGGUGUUUGGGUUCAGCUGAGGCAACUUCCCUAAACACUAGUUUACAGCUCGAACUUUGUACAGGUGUACAGGUCUCUACAGGUGUGUAAUAACUGGAAUAGUAAACUGCUUUUUUCAAGUGAGAGAUAUAGACAGGAUCAGAUCAUCGAGAGUGGACGCUUUGGCCAGAUAAGGAUUACAAGACACCAUGGCUUUGUUGCCUGAAACUUCCUUGGAACUGGAGCUCAGUUGCCCCAUCUGCUUCGACUUGUUUUCUGAACCGGUCACUCUUUCUUGCGGACAUUCGUUCUGCCUGACCUGCCUGGAGGAGAGCCGAAUCUCUGAGGGCUGUGGGCCUGAAGUUCAGCAUCACUGCCCAGAGUGCAGAGUCGAGUACCAGGAGACAGAAUGUGCACAGAAGAACUUUAAACUCAGGAACAUAGUCAAGAGCUAUAAGGACACCAUUGAGCAAACUGCCAGAGAUGCACUACACAGUGGAGGAAUACAAGUGACAGAACAAGAUCCAAAAGGAUAUUACGCCAGCCAGAUAGAAUCUGAAUCUAAUAACGAGCCUGCUGGAGGUUCCUUAUCUGAUUCUACAGAAAGUAUAUUAUCUGAGGAAGCAAGCAAAUACAGACAUAGGAUAAUUACUGUUGUAUCAGACCUCCAAGCCAAGAUUGCACUGACUGACGAGCUGAUGGCCAAAGCAAAAGAAAAAGAAGCUGCAGUCAUAGCAUCAAACACUGACCUUAGAGCAGAGAUGAGAUCACUACUGGAGGAGAUGGCUGAACGUCUGAGGAACUACAGCACAGCAGGACUGGAGCUACUAGAGGCUCAGUUGAAGCCCAGAGAGGAGGCCAUAGAGGGCAUGGUCAAAAAGGUUUCAGACCUCCAUAAUCAGCUGAAGGACACAGAGCUACAGGCUAACUCACUGUUGGGGCAGCAAGAUGAAGGCAAGUUUAAUGAAAUGGUCCAGGACAUUGAAGUAUGUGCUGCCACUUUAUCUGUAGAUCCUCUGGAAAUUGACAUAACUGAUGCAGCGAUGGCAAACACCAACAUGACCAACAUGUGUGCGGAAAUGGAGCAGCGCAAUAACCAACUACAUCUCGACCUUGGAGGAGUCCAGCGUCGUUUACGAGCCAUUUUUAAUCCUUCUGAGGUGACCUUUGACUCUAAGACUCUUCAUCCUAACCUGGUCUUGUCAGAAGACCUAAAAACAGUAACUUUCAGUGUUGCCAAGCAGCAGUAUCCAGCUGUACCCCAAAGAUUCACAAGCUUUUGUCAAGCUCUGAGCUCCCAAAGCUUUUCUGAUGGAGAACACUGUUGGACACUACAUGCAGAAGGCUGCUCCUGGGUCCUGGGGCUGUGCUAUGGAGGAUUGCCCCGCUCUGGUCCACGAAGUGGGCUAGAGAGCAUCAGUGAGUCUUGGUGCCUGAUGUGGUGUGAUAACUUACUUCGAGCUUAUGAAGGCGGAAAAGAUACCCCACUCAUGCGCACUCCAUCUCUGCGCAAGGUGGAGAUCCGUCUCAGCUUCAGGAGAAACAGUGUGAAGUUUUAUAGUAUUAGCAAUUUUAGCGGUACUAAAACUCACCUACAUUCCUUUAGUGUGAACUUCACUGAACCUGUUUAUUUGGCUGUGAGAAUGAUGUCUGGUCAGCCUAAAGCUCGAAUAACACUGUGUGAAUAAUGUUAUAUUGUCACAACCAUUUGACAUAUUAAGCAUCUUUGUGAUACAUUUGAAUUACUACAAAAUACACCACAUUUUUGAAUAAACCCAUGAAAAUGUUC